CGGAGCAGAGGGCAUCACUACCCGAAGGAGGAGAGGGCCGACACGCUAUAGAUUAACAAAAAGGCGACCGUAUAACCUGCAACUGGGUUGUUUUUUUAGUCUCAACAAUGACCACGCCUGUCUUCUCAACAUGAGUUUGCUGUGAUGCCGGUAGCUUUAAGAAAAAAGUAGUUCGAGCAUCUUUCUUUUCCCACCGCCGAUACUUGGAGAGGAACUAUUUAAUGAAAGAUUUAUAAAUGGCGGAAGAAGUUUUAAUAACGCCACCGGGGAAAAUAACGUCGGUAAGCUGUUCAUUCAAGUUUAUGUUUUUGUAAAUGACAUGCUAUUCUGUUUGAUUUUGAUAUGUCAUUCAGAAAAGUUGACAUUCAUUACCCAAUGACCUAUCUCCUGUUGGCAUCUUGGAUGCAAGCCUUUAUUUAUAAACUUGUUAUAAACAAUGUUCCAUUUUAUUGUAGCGACCCUGUGUUUAUUAGCGCGGCAUCGACUGUGCCACAAAAGCAUGUCCAAGUGGCAGAAUCGAAAUCCGCGCUUAUAAUCACAGGGUCGCGCUACACUGUAUUGAAUUUAAAUAUGACUGACAGCAAUUGCUCUGUAAAUUGACAUUGCUGUGUACGAACAUAGGCACCUAAAUGUUACUUGAGCAAUCACUGUCAGCGAUAGGCUAUAUACACUUCAACUUGUUUUUAUUUUACAUAGUAACGUUAGAACCCAUAUUAUGACUGACAAGUCGAUACUUUAUGUUGCCUUAAACAUCAUGCCUCUGUCCUCCAAAGAGGAGGUUAGCACUCAUUACAUGUCACAAGACCAUGUCAAGUCUACAAAACCUUUCUCACGUGAGUGCGGUAGGCCUAUAAGUGACUGCAUCUGACCACUUAGUGUCCAAAUUAAGUUCCCUGACCUGACCUGGGUGAAGUCCACCACCAUCAUGCUCUGCGUUCCACUGGUUCUGGACCAGAGUACAGUCACACUUCCUGACUGCUGAUUGAACAUGACUGUUCUAUUCUGAACUGUGGGUUGAGGCACUGCUUUCUCCUAUACAUUCCACUUAAUCACAACCUGUUAGAUAGCAUCUCACCUAAUCUUAGUCCCCAUAAGGCUAUUAUAGUAAUAAAGGUAAUGUAUACAUAGGAUGGACAUCUGGCCCUAAUGACUGACUAAUGAUUUUUUUCCUGACCUGAACUCUAACAUAAUGCAUGUUAUCCUCUUGAUAAAGACAAGGAAUGCAACCUGGUCUCAGAGCAUUUCGUAUUAUACUCUACGUAAAUCAGAGACACUCCUUUAGUAUAAUAUGUUACAUUUCGUAUGGUAUGUAUUCAUUUGUGGAUGUCCAUCAUCCAUUUUGGAUGAUAUGUUACGAAUCACAAUUUGUAUGAUAUGUUACAAAUUUACAAAAUGUACAAUAUGUUAAGAAUUCGCAAAACGUAUGAUAUGUUAUGAAUUACAAUUUGUUGUGGAAAUGUUAGCUAGGUAGCUAGGUGGCUAAUGCUAACGUUAGCUAGCUGGCUAACGUUAGCUAGGCUAGGGGUUAGGGUUAAGGUUAGGGUUAAGGUUAGGAGUUAGGUUAAAGAGUUAAGGUUAGGGUUAGGGUUGGGGGAAGGGUUAGCUAAAAGGGUUAAGGUUAGAGGAAGGGUUAGCUAACAUGCUAAGUAGUUGCAAAGUAGCUAAAAAGUAGUUAGUUGAAAAGUUGCUAAUUAGUUAAAAUGUGAAAGUUGUCCGUGAUGAGAUUUGAACACGCAACCUUUGGGUUGCUAGACGUAACCUUCUGUCUUACACUCUUGGGAAAAAAAGUGCUAUCUAGAACCUAAAAGGGUUCUUCGGCUGUCCCCGUUGGAGAACCAUUUGAAGAACACUUUUUGGUUCCAGGUAGAACCCUUUUGGGUUCCAUGUCAUGGAACCCAAAAGGGAUCUACCUGGAACCAAAAAUGGUUCUACCUAGAACCAAAAAGGGUUAUCCUAUGGGGACACCGGAAGAACCCUUUUAGAACCCUUUUUUUCUAAGAGUGUAUGUAACCAUACCAAACAUAACAUAUCAUACUCAUUUACUUUUACUAUGAUACGUCUAGUCUAUGAGACCAGGCUGAGGAAUAACAUAUAUGUGGGCAUUUCCACAUGAGAUUGGCCCAAAGAUAUUCAUGAUGUUUUGGAUCUUCCUGAAAUAAAAUCAAUAUCCCAAUAGUGAUCAUCACCAUAUACAAGUGGGGACAUUUGGCUGGUCAUCACAAGGAAAAAGGCUAUUUUAGGUUUAAGGCAUUAGGUUUAGGGUUAUGGUCAGAAUUAGGGUUAGAAUAUAGGUUUAGGGGUUAGGUUUAGGGUUAGGAGUUAGUGUUAGGGGUUUGAGGUUAAUGUUAGGGUUAGGUUUAGGGUUAGGGGAAAUAUGAUUUUGAAUGGGAAUCAAUUGUUGGUCCCCAAAAAGUCCUCACAAGUAUAGUAAUACCCUUUUGUGUGUGUGUGUGUAUGUAUAGAUUCUCCAGAUUCUCCACCAGAUACAGUCAUAUAAUUAACAUGUUAAGAGUUAAUGUGGCUUAUACCAACAGUUCCUCAGACCCAUGGAUUCCUCCAAACUAAAGGCCAUGGAAGAGAUGAAUGAGAGCCCAACAGUAAAGACAACUUUGACUGUCAUUCAUAUUCACACAAAUCUUAAAUCUUUGAUUGUAAAUGACAGCACAAAUGAACUCAUCAAGAGCAAAGGCUGGAGUACAAACCAAGUAAUAAAACAUUAGCUGUUGGUUUAUGACAAGUGUACCGUACACAUUUUAUCUCAGAUAAUCUCCCUUUCUCUCUCUCUCUCUCUCUCUCUCUCUCUCUCUCUCUCUCUCUCUCUCUCUCUCUCUCUCUCUCUCUGCAGCACCUGACUUCAUCUCUGUUGGCGGUAGCGUUUCUCACCUCCUUUGGAAGCUCCAUGCUCUAUGGCUACAACCUCGCAGUGGUCAACUCCCCUGCAGUGGUAAGGCCAUUGAACUACAGUCAUAUUCUCUCCAUUGUACAUUCCAUACUUGCCUGUAUUGAAUACUCUGCUGCGGCCAACGCCUAACUUGUGAAAUCCAGAAUCGCACCCAAAUCAUGUAUUGUUGAUGUCAAUGGAGAUUUGCGUGAUCGUUGAAGUUAAAUUUAAAUUGACCUUCCACACAAAUCUCCCAUGGACAUCAAUUAGAUUUAUGAAGUUUGAAUUAUGAGUAUACAUCUCACAUAUACAGUGCAUUCGGAAAGUAUUCAGACCCCUUGACUUUUUCAUUAUUUUGUUACGUUACAACCUUAUUCUAAAAUGGGUUGAAUAAAUAAAAAUCCUCAUCAAUCUACAUGCAAUACCCCAUAAUGACAAAGCGAAAACAGGUUUUUAUAAUUUCUUUCACAUGUAUUAAAUAUAAAAAACAGAAACACCUUAUUUACAUAAGUAUUCAGAACCUUUGCUAUGAGACUUGAAAUUGAGCUCAGGUGCAUCCUGUUUCCAUUGAUCAUCCUUGAGAUCUUUCUACAACUUGAUUAGAGUCCACCUGUGAUAAAUUCAAUUGAUUGGACAUGAUUUGGAAAGGCACACACCUGUCUAUAUAAGGUCCCACAGUUGACAGUGCAUGUCAGCGCAAAAACCAAGCCAUGAGGUUGAAGGAAUUGUCCGUAGAGCUCCAAGACAGGAUUGUGUCGAGGCACAGAUCUGGGGAUGGGUACCAACAAAUAUCUGCAGCAUUGAAGGUCCCCAAGAACACAGUAGCCUCCAUAAUUCUUAAAUGGAAGGAGUUUGGAACCACCAAGACUCUUCCUAGAGCUGGCCGCCCGGCCAAACUGAGCAAGAGAAGGGCCUUGGUAAGGGAGGUGACCAAGAACCCGAUGGUCACUCUGACAGAGCUCUAGAGUUCCUCUGUGGAGAUGGGAGAACCUUCCAGAAGGACAUCCAUCUCUGCAGCACUCCACCAAUCAGGCCAUUAUGGUAGAGUGGCCAGACAGAAGCCACUCCUCAGUAAAAGGCAUGACAGCCCACUUGGAGUUUGCCAAAAGGCACCUAAAGACUCUCAGACCAUGAGAAACAAGAUUCUCUGGUCUGAGGAAACCAAGAUUUAACUCUUUGGCCUGAAUACCAAGCGUGACGUCUGGAGGAAACCUGGCACCAUCCCUACGGUGAAGCAUGCUGGUGGCAGCAUCAUGCUGUGGGGAUGUUUUUCAGCAGCAGGGACUGGGAGACUAGUCAGGAUCGAGGCAAAGAUGAACGGAGCAAAGUACAGAAAGAUCCUUGAUGAAAACCUGCUCCAGAGUGCUCAGGACCUCAGACAGGGGUAAAGGUUCACCUUCCAACAGGACAGCGACCCUAAGCACACAGCCAAGAAAACGCAGGAGUGGCUUCGGGACAGGUCUCUGAAUGUCCUUGAGCGAAGGUUCACCUUCCAGCCCAGACUUGAACCCGAUUGAACAUCUCUGGAGAUACCUGAAAAUAGCUGUGCAGCAAUGCUCCCCAUCCAACCAAACAGAGCUUGAGAGGAUCUGCAGAGAAGAAUGGGAGAAACUCCCCAAAUACAUGUGUGACAAGCUUGUAGCGUCAUACCCAAGCAGUGGCGAAUUUAGAAUGUAAAUCUUGGUGGGGCAAACAAAAAACACAAAUUGGGGAUGCAUGCCAGCAAAGUCAUUACACAACACAACACUAAAAAAAACAUUAAUUGCACUAUAACGGUGACAAACGGUGCCCACAAACUGUUAGGGCCUACAUAAAGCUGUCCCGACAGCAGAGUCCCAACAGCAGUCCCAACACCUUACCACUGCUACACCUGGCUAUCAGCGGAGCCUUGUCUGGCAGCGAAACAGUUAAUUCAGCCUCAUUUACUGCCUUAAAAAAAAACAUAGCUGAUAUGGCUGACAUGCUUAAACAAAUGUGGUUUCUACUGACAAUUGAGAUGUACAAACUAUGGCAUAAGGGGACGACAAGCGUAUAAGAGGCAAUCCGUGAUUUCGAUUAAGACAUUAAUGAGCGAGCUAGGACGGACAUAGUCAAUAUAACUAUUUGUUCAGCACUUUUGAAAUGUACAGCGACAGAAUUCAGAACAUGGGCCGUUCUUACAGUGUUCUCCCUGUACACCAAGUCAGAACCGUAGGAUAAAUAAAGGGGGCAUAUAAGCAGACAAUGAAAGCUCUUACAAUAUUCGAUUAUUACAUUUCUCUAACACAGGUUAUAGGCUACAUGUGCACCACCAAGUCUGAGGAGCAGUAGGCUAAAUUAAGAGGGGACAAUAAACCAAAUUAUUAGGGUGAGGCACAUGGGCUACUAACAGCUUGCUACACAACAUAUACUUAGUAUAACUUUCUUAGCUACAGUAUACAUAUCUCCCUGGCAUAUUACAUCAUUUAUGCAGCAGCACACAAUACAUUUUUGGACUCACCUUGUGAGUUGUGCUGUGCUCACUUGAACAGGAAGGUGGCACGGCGGUCCUUCGUGGGCAAAUUUGGUCAUCAAACUUUGUAAUCAAAGUAUGACAUUCUCUGGAUUUAUGGUGCUUUCAAGACAACUGGAAGCUCGGAAAAAAACAAGGUUGAAUCAUGAUGACGUCAGUGAUCUUCAGGUCGUAGCUCUAGAAGAGGCCAGAGUUCCCGAUUUACAAUUAAAAUAAAAUUGUAUUUGUCACAUGUGCCGAAUACAACAGGUGUAGACCUUACAUUUACAUUUUUUACAUUUUAGUCAUUUAGCAGACGCUCUUAUCCAGAGCGAUUUACAGGAGCCUUACAGUGAAAUGCUUACUUACAAGCCCUUAACCAACAAUGCAGUUUUAAGAAAGAAUACCAAAAAAAAUCACACAAAAAUACAAUACAAAAUAAUACGAAAUAAAACUAACAAAUAUUUAAAGAGCAGCAGUAAAAAUAACAAUAGCGAGUCUAUAUACAGGGCGUACCGGUACCGAGUCAAUGUGCGGGGGCACCGGCUACUCAAGGUAAUUGGGGUAAUAUGUACAUGUAGGUAGAGUUAUUAAAGUGACUAUGCAUAGAUAAUAAACAGAGAGUAGCAGCAGCGUAAAAGAGGGGUGGGGCAAUGCAAAUAGUCUGGGUAGCCAUUUGAUUAGAUGUUCAGGAGUCUUAUGGCUUGGGGGUAGAAGAUGUUUAGAAGCCUCUUGGACCUAGACUUGGCGCUCUGGUACCGCUUGCCAUGCGGUAGCAGAGAGAACAGUAUAUGACUAGGGUGGCUGAAGUCUUUGACCAUUUUUAGGGCCUUCCUCUGACACCGCCUGGUAUAGAGGUCGUGGAUGGCAGGAAGCUUGGCCCCAGUGAUGUACUGGGCCGUACGCACUACCCUCUGUAGUGCCUUGCGGUCGGAGGCCGAGCAGUUGCCAUACCAGGCAGUGAUGCAACCAGUCAUGAUGCUCUUGAUGGUUCAGCUGUAGAACCUUUUGAGGAUCUGAGGACCCAUGCCAAGUCUUUUCAGUCUCCUCAGGGGGAAUAGGUUUUGUUGUGCCCUCUUCACGACUGUCUUGGUGUGCUUGGACCAUGUUUGUUUGUUGGUGAUGUGGACACCAAGGAACUUGAAGCUCUCAACCUGCUCCACUACAGCCCCGUCAAUGAGAAUGGGGGCAUGCUCGGUCCUCUUCUUUUUCCUGUAGUCCACAAUCAUCUCCUUUGUCUUGAUCACAUUGAGGGAGAGGUUGUUGUCCUGGCACGGCCAGGUCUCUGACCUCCUCCCCAUAGGCUGUCUCGUCGUUGUCGGUGAUCAGGCCCAUCACCGCUGUGUCAUCGGCAAACUCAAUGAUGGCGUUGGAGUCGUGCCUGGCCAUGCAGUCAUUAGUGAAAAGGGAGUACAGGAGGGGACUGAGCACGCACCCCUGAGGGGCCCCCGUGUUGAGGAUCAGCGUGGUGGAUGUGUUUUUACCUAGCCUUACCACCUGGGGGUGGCCCGUCAGAAAGUCCAGGAUCCAGUUGCAGAGGGAGGUGUUUAGUCCCAGGGUCCUUAGCUUAGUGAUGAGCUUUGAGGGCACUAUGGUGUUGAACGCUGAGCUGUAGUCAAUGAAUAGCAUUCUCACAUAGGUGUUCCUUUUGUCCAGGUGUGAAAGGGCAGUGUGGAGCGCAAUAGAGAUUGCAUCAUCUGUUGAUCUGUUGGGGCGGUAUGCAAAUUGAGUGGGUCUAGGGUUUCUGGGAUAAUGGUGUUGAUGUGAGCCAUGACCAGCCUUUCAAAGCACUUCAUGGCUACAGACGUGAGUGCUAUGGGUCGGUAGUCAUUUAGGCAGGUUGCCUUCUUGGGCACAGGGACUAUGGUGGUCUGCUUGAAACAUGUUGGUAUUACAGACUCAGACAGGGAGAGGUUGAAAAUGUCAGUGAAGACACUUGCCAGUUGGUCAGUGGAUGCUCGGAGUACACGUCCUGUUGGAUGACCGUUCAAAACGUAUUUUCCCAGUCAGGGCUUGUUUUUUCCCGAGUUCCCAGUUGUCUUGAUUACACUGAAGUCAUAAUUUCUCAGUUCCAAGUUAACAGUUGUUUUGAGGGUGUCUGAAAUCAUGCUGGAUUGACAGCAUGGCAAAUGUUGAAUGUUUAUCAUUUUAAGCUUGGAAAAGAGACCCUUAAACCCAGAAUUGGGACCACACAUCCACUCCACUGAAUAUCAGGAUAGUGAUUGCUUUGCAAUGCUUGCAGUUAGCCACUGAUUCCUUCCAAACCCCUCAUUGUUGAAUUUGCGAUUUCCAACUUGUUGUGUAAUGUUUAUGUCCAAUAGCUGAUGAGCACCGAUACGUUUUAUCUAUAAUUUCUCUUCAUUAUUUCUCUUCAUAUGACAAGGAUUAAAAAUAAUUUGCCAGUAGAUUGUUGACUUGAUUCUUGAUGAUGACUGCUAGCUAAGAUUUUGAAAGUAUGAUGUUGACAUGAUCAGUCCAAUCAAAUCUACUGUAGAUAUAACGUGAUUUGACGUCAUUUUAUCUGUGGCCAAUGACCUUGAGCCUUCUUGGAUUGGCACUUCUAAUGUAACUCAACUUCUACCCUUAGAUUUGGCAGCGACGUAGUGUCCCCAUGAGUGACAGAACACUGAGCCAAUCACGGCGCAACUAGAGAACAUUACCAACCCCUACGCUCCGUAUUUUCCGCUGGCUGCCCCACAACCACAGAAAGCACUGAGCUAGGCUGAAACACCUACAUUUUGGAGCUCCCUUAGUCAAGAAAGCAAAAAAGAGACCAUGUUUGUGUGGAGGGUUUAUUAACUCAAUGAUUUUGUAUUUUGUUUUACAUUGUUUGCAAGCUGAAAUGUGACACGUAUUAAUGUCAAAAUAACAUGCAAAACAGCUAAAAUGUGGGUCUCAAAACAGGUGGGGCUCUGCACCUGCCCUGAAUGACGGGUCACCACUGUACCCAAGAAGACUUGAGGCUGUAAUCGCUGCCAAAGGUGCUUCAACAAAGUACUGACUAAAGGGUCUGAAUUCUUAUGUAAAUGUGAUAUUUCCGUUUUUUAUUUUUAAUAAACUUGCAACAUUUUCUAAAAACUUGUUUUUGCUUUGUCAUUAUCGGGUAUUGUGUGUAGAUUGAUGAGGUGAAAAAACAAUUUAAUCAAUUUUAGAAUAAGGCUAUAACGUCAAGGGGUCUGAAUACUUUCCAACUGCACUGUAUCUCUUAUGCUCUUACCCUCAUGUACAUCAUAGAGUGAGACCCCCAAUGCUGUAUCUAAUACUGCUCAACAUGAUGAGUCCAUGCUUUCACAAAAAUAUUUGUAAAAGUCUGAUGCUUAGCCUAAAUGUUUACACUGAUAGUUAAAAUGAAAAUGAUUUGUCAGUGUGAGGUAGUUUAAACUGUGUGUGCAUCUGUGAAGGGUUUGUUGUCAUCAGGAAUGUGGAUUGAAUGAGGAACCAGGCUCUUUAUCAGAAGGAAUGCAGCUGAGGCCAUGCAUUUAGAAUGACUGUAGAUCCAGUCUAUCCAAAGCUGAUGCUAACUGUAUCCUACAGCACAAAGCUAAUGCUAACUGUAUUCUACAGCCUAAAGCUAAUGCUAACUGUCUCCCACAGCCCAAAGCUAAUGAUAACUGUAUCCUACAGCACAAAGCUAAUGCUAACUGUAUUCUACAGCCUAAAGCUAAUGCUAACUGUCUCCCACAGCCCAAAGCUAAUGCUAACUGUAUCCUACAGCCCAAAGUUAAUGGUAACUGUCUCCCACAGCCCAAAGCUAAUGCUAAUUGUAUCCCACAGCUAUAGGGCCACUGUUGGGGUCAUUGGCAAUUGUCUCUUUGUCCCUUUAGCCCAAGUACAGGCUAUAAUAACUCUAUAACUGGGGUGUUGGUUGUUGGGGUUUGGAGCAGUAAGAUGCUUGCUCUACAGUCUUGUUUCAACUGGUGUUGGCUGGUGCAGUAUUUGCUAAGACAUCUGUCAAAUACUGUUAACAUUAAUUUCCGUAUACAAAUAUUUGUUAUCUUACUUUGAAAGUAGUCAAUGGACAAGGAGUGACUGCAACCCACACGUUUUUUUUUUUUUAAACUAGCCACUAGAAAGAUUUAGCAAGAUGAGCAUUUUUGGAUCAGUUCCCAUGUAAGUCAAUCUUACAUUUAAAUGUCAUGCUGUUCUACAUCGGGUUCCUAUGUUUUAACACUCAUCAGAACACUCAGUCACACUUUUAAGGAAGUAGACUCAUGGGUGGAAUGUUAUUAAUAUUUUUCAUAAUUUCCUAAAUAAUAAACAUUCUAUCAAAAAACCUGCCGAAAAUCCGGUGUUUCUAUGUCAAACGGUUUUGUUAUAUUUCAGUCUUCUGUGAUGUACACUGAGAGUACAAAACAUUAAGGACACCUGCUCUUCCCAUGACAUACUGACCAGGUGAAUCCAGGUAAAAGCUACGAUCCCUUAUUGAUGUCACUUGUUAAAUCCACUUCAAUCAGUGUAGAUGAAGGGGAGGAGACAGGUUAAAGAAGGAUUUUUAAGCCUUGAGACAAUUGAGACAUGGAUUGUGUAUGUGUGCCAUUCAGAGGGUGAAUGGGCAAGACAAAAGAUUGAAACAAACCAGUUUGUGUCAAGAACUGCAACGCUGCUGGGUUUUUCAAGCUCAACAGUUUCCUGUGUGUAUUAAGAAUGGUCCACCACCCAAAGGACAUCCAGACAACUUAACACAACUGUGGGAAGCAUUGGAGUCAACGUGGGCCAGCAUAAGGAAGGUGUUCUUAAUGUUUUGUACACUCAGUGUAUAUAAAUUGUAAUAUUGGGAUGCAAACUCAAAUUUGAAUACAUUUCAACUCUAUAUCUGACAUGGUACAGGUGUCUUCUUUUUUUUGUUUGACUAUUACCAUGUGUGUGAAGUGUAUACUUUUCUUCCCAAAGUAAAUGUGUUUAAGACUACCAAGAAACACUCUGUGUGACCCUGAUUUAGCCCACUGCAGUAAAAGGUUAACAGCUGGACUGUAAAGUAAAGCGUAGCCAACAGUUGUACAUUCCAAUUCUAUAGUUGGAACUGUAGAGAUAUGGUUGGAACACUGCCAUCAGAUCUAUUGCUUCAAUACUUGGUCAAGUGAACUGUAAAAUAGAGCAUGACCAAACAUUUAUUUCUGUUUGUAUAAUCGAAACACUAAGGUCAGAUUACUGUAAUCAGAACACAAACACACACACGCACGCACGCACGCACGCACACACACACACACACACACACACACACACACACACACACACACACACACACACACACACACACACACACACACACACACACACACACACACACACACACACACUGUGGAUUAAGAGGUUGAGGUAAAAAAGGACAUAGCAGUGGAAUUUAAUUAUUCCUGGUCUGUGACCUGAAAAUGCCAGGGAGAGAGGAGAAGCAUGGGCCACAUGACAAGGACUCCCAGUUUGGUUGUGAUUCUGCAUUCCCCUCCAUAGGCUCUGAUUGGCCAGAUAGAGAUGGAUUGAAUGUAAGUGGGGCUUUCUCAUUGGCAUUGGCAUUUUGGGAAUGUAAGAAUGAUAGUUAGGGAGUGUUUUGUACAUUUUGAUUCUGGUGACAAAUUGAGGUCUUAGUGACAUUAUGUAACACAUUGUAUGCUGUAUGGCAUACUGUGUGUCAUACAGUAAUUUGAAUCGUGUCACAUGAGGGUUAUGUGAUAACAUCUCUUUGCCCCUCUCUCAAUUGAAUUCUACUCAAUGAGCUCUAUUGGCAUGAUAGGUAUCUUACACUGCCAAAGCAAGAGCACAGGAACAAAUUAAAUAAAUCAUAGUGAUUAACAGUAGUAAUACUGUUAUACGCUUUCCAUUCCUCUCUCCCCUCUUUCUUUCUCUCUCUAUCUCUCUAUCUCUCUCCGGCAGUACAUUAAAGACUUCUACAACAGGACGUCAGUGAGUCGUAAUGGUACAGGGCUGGAUGGGGAGGCUCUGACCCUCAUGUACUCUCUCACCGUGUCUGUCUUUGCCAUUGGGGGUCUACUGGGAUCCCUCAUGGUGGGCAUGCUCGUCACCAGGUUCGGCAGGUGAGACCCUCACACACUCCCCAUACACUCACUCCCAUACAGGUUUUACACAGUAUGAUUCCAUUGUAAUGUAUUGGGUUUUAUAAGUUGAAUAUUGUCUGCUCCCCAUUUGAGUCAGUGUUCAUCUGUAUAGAUUUGGAAAGUGCUGUCCUUUGAAGACCUUUGAUUUGGUUUUGGCCAAUGGCUGAGCCCUCCAGACUCUGUGGCUGCUGGCAAGAACAGCCUCAGAGACACACUGCAGCAUCUGGAGCUCUGGGCACUGCCACCCUGCCUGGCACUCUGAGCUAGUCUCACACACACACACAAUUAGCAGCGCUUCCAUCUAUCACCCCUGAGUGACCUUCUGCCCUCUGACCCCAGGGAUUACCCUGCCCUCCCUCCCUUGCUCUCCUCUGCCCUUCAGAGUGCAUACUGUCCAUCCUGUCGGAGUGCAUAGUUACCCUGUGCCAUUUAGAGUUCAAACUCAUUGUACAAGCGACCAUAUGGGCUACACUCAUUCUGUUCCCUCUACCCUUUAAAGGGCACACUCUCUGUCCCCUAUUUUUAACCUUUAUUUGACUAGGCAAGUCAGUUAAGAACAAAUUCUUAUUUACAAUGACGGCCUACCUCCACUAAGCCGGACGACGCUGGGCCAAUUGUGCGCCGCCCAAUGGACUCCCGAUCACGGGCGGUUGUGAUACAGCCCGGGAUCAAACCCGGGUCUGUAGUGACGCCUCUAACACUGCAAUGCAGUGCCUUAGACCGCUGCGCCACUCAGGAUCCCUAAUACCCUUUGGAGUGCAGUCAGUGCACUCUCUGUCCCCUAUGGCCAGCUCUCUAAAGAGUUUUUUAUAUUCAGUGCAGGCUUAGAUCUCAUUUAUCUAAAUGGACAUUUACAUGCAAAUGAAAGAGAACGAUUUACAAGCCCAGUUAUGAGCUGAUCAGUUUCAUCACCCAACAGUGUUUUAUGGGUGAUCAGAACUCAAAAUGCCCUCCCUGACUGUAUAUCAGGGGGAGACUUUACUACUCUAUGUCAUAGAAGUAAUAAAGGUGUGCCUGCUAUUGCUUCUGGUCCAUGUACUUUUAUGCACAGCUUGUGCAAAUUCAUAAAUCCAACUGUUUUGUGUUUGGUACAUUAAUUAGCUGGUUCUGAUCAUCUACACGUUUUAAUGGUGGACAGAGCCAACCAUAAUGUGUGUGUGUGUGUGUGUGUGUGUGUGUGUGUGUGUAUAGGAAAGGCACGGUGGUGAACUCAACGGUAUUGGUGUUCAUCGCUGGAUCACUCAUGGGCUUCAGCAGGAUCUGUGGCUCUCCAGAGAUGGUCAUCUUUGGCCGCUUCGUCACGGGGAUCCACUCAGGUACAAACACACCAGUGUGCCCACUCAGUGAGAAGGGUCAUGUUCAGGGGUGAGAGUUAAGGUUUAGGAUAAGGGUGAAGGUUCAGGAAUGGGCCAUGGUCAGGAAUCUAUACAUAUAAAUGUGGCACAGUAGCUGGACAAAGUUAUGAAUGUAGCAAUAAAAAGAAGGUGAAUGUUUGCUCACUGUUGAGUCUUUCUCGACUUCCGCCGAAGUUGGUGCCUCUCCUUGUGCGGACGGCUAUCGGCGGUCGUCGUCACCGGUCUUCUAACUGCCACUGAUCUACGUUUCUUUUUCUAUGUUGUUUUGUCUUGAUUGUACACACCUGGUUCCCAUCACGUUAUGAUUAUUUCCCUAUUUAACCCUCUGCUUCCCUCAUGGUUUUGUGCGUGAUUGUUCUUUGUUUGGUGUUAUGUACUGUUGUGAGCAUUUGUAUUUCCCUGGGUGGAAAUUCGAUUUUAUUGUUUAUCUGAGUAAAGUUAGUUAUUUACUCGCCUGACUCUGUCCUACCGCUGCACACUGACACCUGACACACGUUGUCGUUGUUGUGUUGUGUAGGUAUCUCUCUGAGUGUGGUGCCCAUGUACCUGGGGGAGAUAGCUCCUAAGAACCUGCGUGGUUUCCUGGGACUCGUGCCCAGCCUCUUCAUUUGUGCUGGGGUCUUCUCUGCCCAGAUCCUGGGUCUACACGAAAUUCUGGGAAAGGUACGCCAAAGACCGUUUCCAGGAAAAGCUUUAAACGUGGCAUUCAUAAGCUUAGAGAUCCAUAUCUUUAUUCAUGUAAAUGUGUCAUUUGCAGUGUCAUUGAAAUUGAAAGGUGGAUUAAUUUUCAAUGGUUUGCGUGUUGCAUUUUGGGGUUAUGUGUGUACAGCACAGGAGGUUGGUGGCACCUUAAUUUGGGAGAACGGGCUCGUGGUAAUGGCUGGAGCGGAAUGAGUGAUGCUAUUCCAUUCGCUCAGUUCCAGACAUUAUUAUGAGCUGUCCUCCCCUCAGCAGCCUCCACUGGUGUACAGCGAUGUAGGUUAUGAUUGUGAGUCGUUUUGUCAUGGUUACAGGAGGAGCACUGGCCCCUGUUUCUCUCGCUGGUGGUGAUACCCACCUUCAUCCAGCUGAUGCUGUUGCCAUGGUUUCCGGAGAGCCCCCGAUACCUGCUGAUUGAGAAGCACAAUGUCCACGCCACCAUUACAGGUCAGCAUGCUAGAUGACACCAUUGGGACAGGGACACAUACUUAGAGUGUGAAUAGUGUAACCUCAUGGCUAUGCUUAUUUCCUUUGGCAACAUUGUAAAUUCUAGUCAUGUGCCAAACUGUUUAGUUAACCAUGAAUAACAAAGUUCAAGUCAUAUUUAAUUUUCAUUUGAUACACAAGCAUUGUCAUUGCCUGGUUCAGUGUAACUUCCUGUUUUAUUUCCUACAUCAGCGUUGAAGUGGUACCGGGCCAAGUGUAACAUCCAGUCAGAGAUAGAGGAGAUGCAGGAGGAGCAGCGCUCUCUGUCGUCAGUGGAGACAGUGUCGGUAUGGCGACUGAUACUGGACCCCUUGGUGCGCUGGCAGCUGCUCAGUGUGGUGGUCAUCAACAUCGGCAUGCAGCUCUCCGGCAUUGAUGCUGUAAGAUUACUCAGCUGUUUGCUAUAGUGCGCCUCUCCUUUUCUUAUCUCUCUAUCCCUCUGUUACUCCUCCUCCUCUUUUUUAGCACUCCUUGCCCUCUCUCUACCUAAACCAUUUUCACCCUACCACACCCUUCUCAUUCUGUCAUUCGCAUGUCCUUUCCUCCCUCUCGCACCCUCUCUCUCCUACACUCCCCCUCUUAUCCCUCUCUCACCCUCUCUCUCUCCUACACUCACCCUCUUCUCCCUUUCUCCCUCUCUCCUCCCUCUCUCACCUUCUUCCCCCUCUCACCCAUACUCCUCACCCACUACACUGUAGUCGGGCCCACUACACUAAGAGGCUCAGUUGAAAGGCAGAAUAAAUUAUUCCUCAUCUUUUACAAGCCUCAUGUGAUCAUGUGGUGAGAACCCAAAACUACGAGUCAUCAUUUAACAGAGAUACGAUUAGCUAAAUCCCUUCCUGAAUUAUGCUACUGAGAUGCAUUCAUUAUUCAAAUGAUUACCAGGACACUGGGGCCAAGAAGUGCACAUUUUACCCAUCAGAGCUGAACUAAUUAGCAGACUCAUCUCUGCAAUGUAUUUUUAGCAGCUAAUUAGCUUUGGCAAUCUAUUUGAGGCAGCGCUGAAACACAGGUAGUGAGGAUGAAGAUGGUGGUGAUGGUGAUGAUGGUAUCACGCAGAGGUGAGCUGUAGGCUAAGUGGAAGUGACAGGUGGCAAGCCUUGACACUGUUCUGUGAGUAGAGGAGUGUAUUAGUGUGUUUAAUGGGUGUGUAUACUUGUGUGUGUGUUGGUUUCACACUACCUCCAACUGCUCCGACUGCUGAUUACCCCCCCUGUCUGGAGUCAACCUCCCCAAAGCCCCAAAUUGAAAUGAAUUGAAUGUGAGUGGUUGUCCACUGUUACUCUGUGCCCAUGCUGUGCCACCUGUGCCAGGCUGUCCCACUUGUGCCCAUGCCCCUCAAGCUCAAAAGUGUCUGUCUCUAUUGUAGCUCUGGUUCUAUACCAACGACAUCUUUAAGAACGCGGGCAUCCCAGGCCCAGAGAUUCAGUACACUACAGUGGGUACAGGAGCCAUUGAGAUCAUCGCCGGCCUCAUUGGGGUGAGUCUAUGGAGGAGGCAUAGGAUUGGUUGGAAGUUUGCCCUGUCAUAAUUUUUUUAUGGAUCUGUUAUUAAUGUUUUGUUGCUUUCUGUCUCUUUGUAUCUCGUGUUUCUCUCUGCUCUGUCUCUGUCUCUGUCUCUGUCUCUGUCUCUGUCUCUGUCUCUCUCUCUGUAGUGUUUUACCAUAGAGAAGCUGGGCAGGAGGCCUCUCAUCAUCGGGGGGUUUCUAGUCAUGGGAUUCUGCUGCGCUGGGAUCACUCUCUCCCUCGUUCUACAGGUGUGUAUUUGUGGUGGUGUGUGGGUGGGAGGGUGCACUGCAUUUGUGUUUUUACUAUAUUAAUUCCAUCCUUCUGAUACAACAGAGUACUUUAGUAUAUUCUAUCAAUCAAUCAAAUUUAUUUUAUAAAGCUAUUUUACAUCAGCAGUUGUCACAAAGAGCUUUACAGAUCCCCAGCCUAAAACCCCAAAAGAGCAAGCAAUGGCCAGUGGCCAGGAAAAACUCCCUAGAAGGCAGGAACCUAUAAGAAGAAACCUAGAGAGGAACCAGGCUCCGAGGAGUGGUCAGUCCUCUUCUGGCUGUACCUGGUCGAGAUUUAAGAGUGCAUGUGGCCAACUAUAAUAGAAAUCUCCUUAUGGAAUAUACUGACUAAGUGAGGUCAUGACGUCUUAUGUCUUCUACUACACUAUGCUUACAGGUUCACUUACCAUUCAUGCGUUAUGUCAGUGUUGGAUGUGUGGUUGGUAUCAUCGCUGGUUUUUGCAUUGGGCCAGGUGAGCUGCAUUCUUCUACCUACUCUAUCUUACUCUUCUCCUUUCAAAUAUGAAUUUACUUUCCAUUCAUUUGAGCAGAGAGCACGCACGCGCACGCACACACACACAUCCAGGUUUCAUUGCCAGAUUUGCUGGUGUCCGACCCCGGUGCACUUUGCUGCUGUGUAUGGAAAUGGCGCCCUCUGGAGGUAAAAAUUGAGAGCUUGUAAAUGCAGCCAAUGGCCUUGCUCUAAUCUCCUGAUUAUCUGCCUGUGUGUGAUGAUGAUUAAGUCUAUAUCCCCUAUAAGAGAGACAAAUGAGAGUGUUCUGUAGAGGGACGUAUGUAUGUACAUACCCGACUACACCCCCCUCUGGUCCUUAGUGGAUUGGCUCAUUCUGUCUGGGAUCCUGUCAUUAAUUAGGCCUCCUCACGCCUCAUUGGUCAGAAAGGUGAUGAAUGCUGCCGCUCAACAGAAAAUCAAGAUGAGUAAUGAAUCGGGGGCCUAACUCCUCAUCAGUCUAAAAGUGUUAUUCCUCCGCCACCCACAAUGAUGAGGCACAAAUAAUUAUGCACAAAUAAUGCAGCCUGGGCUCAUGUUCAUUCAAAUGGUCAUUAGCAGUGUAGUAACACAAGGCGUUGCAUAUUCAUCACUUGUGACCAAACGGGAUUAGAUGGCGUACUACCACAUUACAAUGGCAAACAAUUGCUCAGGUGCCAUCCAGAGCUGGGUUUAAAUAGUUUGCCUGAACGUUUGCUUGAGCCUGCCUGGAGUGCCAGAUUGGCAGGUUGGGUUUACACUUUUGGGACUAUUCCAUUGAUUUCAUUGCACCAAGCUCAAUCAAGGUAAUACUGUAAGGCUGACCGUGUGCUGCUCCCAGCCUAGUGCGUGAAUAGUGUGUCAGGGGUACUGUGACAUUUUACAAUGGAAGAUUAACAUUUUAUUCGAGGGGAAUUUUAUUUAGAAAACUCCUUAUGAAUACUGUUGAAUAAAUGUUUUAUGAAGGUUGUUAUGAAUUAUACUGCAACACUCAUAAAGGUGUUAUGACUGGUUUCAUAAAGUUGUUAUGUACACUACCAGUCAAAGUUUUAGAAUACCUACUCAUUCAAGGGUUUUUCUUUAUUUUUACUAUUUUCUACAUUGUAGAAUAAUAGUGAAGACAUCAAAACUAUGAAAUAACACAUAUGGAAUCAUGUAGUAACCAAAAAAGUGUUAAACAAAUCAAAAUAUAUUUGAGAUUCUUCACAUAGCCACCCUUUGCCUUGAUGACAGCUUUACACACUCUUGGCAUUCUCUCAACCAGCUUCACCUGGAAUGCUUUUCCAACAGUCUUGAAGGAGUUCCCACAUAUGCUGAGCACUUAUUGGCUGCUUUUCUUUCACUCUGCGGUCCGACUCAUCCCAAACCAUCUCAAUUUGGUUGAGGUCGGGGGAUUGUGGAGGCCAGGUAAUCUGAUGCAGCACUCCAUCACUAUCCUUCUUGGUAAAAUAGCCCUUACACAGCCUGGAGGUGUGUUGGGUCAUUGUCCUGUUGAAAAACAAGUGAUAGUCCCACUAAGCCCAAACCUAAUGGGAUGGCGUAUCGCUGCAGAAUGCUGUGAUAGCCAUGCUGGUUAAGUGUGCCUUGAAUUCUAAAUCAAUCACAGACAGUGUCACCAGCAAAGCACCCCCACACCAUAACACCUCCUCCUCCAUGCUUUACGGUGGGAAAUACACAUGCAGAGAUCAUCUGUUCACCCACACCGCGUCUCACAAAGACACAGCGGUUGGAACCAAAAAUCUCAAAUUUGGACUCCAGACCAAAGGACAAAUUUCCACCGGUCUAACGGUUUCUUGGCCCAAGCAAGUCUCUUCUUCUUAUUGGUGUCCUUUAGUAGUGGUUUCUUUGCAGAAAUUCGACAAUGAAGGCCUGAUUCACACAGUCUCCAUCUGAACAGUUGAUGUUAAGAUGUGUCUGUUACUUGAACUCUGUGAAGCAUUUAUUUGGGCUGCAAUUUCUGAGGCUGGUAACUCUAAUGAACUUAUCCUCUGCAGCAGAGGUAACUCUGGGUCUUCCGUUCAUGUGGCGGUCCUCAUGAGAGCCAGUUUCAUCAUAGCGCUUGAUGGUUUGUGCGACUGCACUUGAAGAAACUUCUUGAAAUGUUCCAUAUUGACUGACCUUCAUGUCUUAAAGUAAUGAUGGACUGUAAUUUAUCUUUGCUUAUUUGAGCUGUUCUUGCCAUAAUAUGGACUAGGUAUUUUACCAAAUAGGGCUGUUUUCUGUAUACCCCCCACCCACAUUGUCACAACACAACUGAUUGGCUCAAACGCAUUAAGAAGGAAAUAAAUUCCACAAAUUACACACCUGUUAAUUGAAAUGCAUUACAGGUGACUACUACCUCAUGAAGCUGGUUGAGAGAAUGCCAAGAGUGUUUAAAGCUGUCAUCAAGGCAAAGGGUGGCUAUUUGAAUAAUUUUGGUUACUACAUUAUUCCAUAUGUGUAAUAUUUCAUAGUUUUGAUGUCUUCACUAUUAUUCUACAAUGUAGAAAAUAGUAAAAAUAAAGGAAAAACCUUGAAUGAGUAGGUGUUCUAAAACCUUUGACUGGUAGUGUAUAACCCCUUCAUAUACUGUAAAGUGUUACCCCCCCCCCCCCUUCCUUACUUCCUGGAUAUGUAGCUACAGUAGAUAAAGAGCUCUUCUUAAAGCCCCUUUAUCACUUUACCCUGGCACUCGCCCAAGGGAAUCACCUGUCAGUGUGUUUACAUAGUGUGUGUUUGUAUAUGGACUGUAAUUAUAGGUUGAAUGUGUGUGUGUGUGUGCAGUGUACUAACGGUCAGUGUAUGUAUUGUAGCGGGUGUUCCUUUCCUGAUAACGGCGGAGCUGUUUAAACAGUCUCACCGGCCAGCAGCCUACACUGUGGGAGGAUCCCUCAACUGGAUUUCCAACUUCACAGUGGGCUUCGUCUUCCCCUUCCUACAGGUAACCAACUGCCUCUGCCCUCACUUCAUAUGGCCUCUGUCCUCACUUAAUAAUCUGGUAUUCUACUUUGCAUGGCCUCAGCAUGGCGCUGCUUCUUCCUUACAUGGCUUUACUUGACAAGGUGUUGGCUCCCACCCAGCAUGACCUCGGUCCAGACUCAACAUGGCAUCUUAUCUAACAUGGUGUCCACCUUCACCCAGCAUGGCCAAUGCCUUUGCUCCUCAGGACCAAUGCCUUUGCAAAAAACACAAAUCAGGGCCAAGCACUAUGAAUAUUCUAAUCGAAACCCUGUGUCUGUCUGUCCAUCCGUCCCUCCCUCCCUGGUGUCAGAUGUCCGCUGGGUCCUACUGCUACCUGGUGUUCUGCUGCGUGUGUCUGGCGGUGGCUGCCUACGUGUUCUUCGUCAUCCCCGAGACCAAGAACAAGACGUUUGUGGAGAUCAGCCAGAUGUUCGCCUCCAAGGAGGCGGUGCCAGAGACCCAGGGUCUGGGCCAACCCGACCAGCUCAAACUGAAGAAGAUGAACGGAUACGGAACCCUGGAGAAUGGAUCACUGGAAUUUGACAGCUCCUCCUCCGUCCCCUGAGAGUGGCUCUGAGAUAGAGGCUGGCUGCAUCAGAAAUUGCUUUUUUUCCUUCAGUAUGACCAUUGAUAGGUUGAAAUGCUGGAUUGGCUGCCACAGAAAAUCACGGGAAGAGUAGGCUCCAAUAUCACGUCCUACUGAUUUACUUUGAGAUUAAGCUGUGACUUUGAGAUUAUGCAGUAACAGAGACAUGCAUUACCCACACAUACAGUAGGCACACAUAAAUAUACUACACAAAUGCUUUCUUUUUGUCUUUUACCUUACUAUUCCAAAUCUGUGCCUGUGUUAUUUUGAAGUCAUUUAAAGGGUGUGUAGCGGAUAUCAAGACUGUGUCACGGUUUCGGCCGAGGCUGCCUCUCUCCCUUGUUCGGGC